CUCCCUGCUGUCCUCUCUUUCGUCGGCGCCGAACUCACCUCAUCUCUCCACCAGAGAACCAUGCUUUUAUGCUUUCUCCCACAAAUCUCGGUCUUCUCCCACAGUCGCUUUGCAUCGUCCCCACUUCUCGCGAGAACUGUUCUCACCGGUCGAUUCCUCCACACCGCAACCUCCGGGUCUACCUCUAUGAAGCACGUCGUCCUUUCAAAACUCACAUGGAACGACAAAGCUCCGACCUUGAAAUUGCGCCUUCUCUAUACAUGGAAGGCUGGGAAUCCGGCCCGUCCCGACGGGUUCUUCGAAUUCUCGACACUGUGGACCGAUGAACUGGGUGUCCUGGUCCAAGGGAUUUCGCUGAAGCAACUGGCCAGCCAUUUGCAAGAGAUUUUACACGUUGGAAAGGUCUACUUCGUAGAACAGUUUGCUCAACGUGAAUCCAGGAGGCGCCGGGCACCUUGCUCCAAUGACCGCCUCCUGUACUUUAAUUCCAAUACUUCCUUCACAACCUCGCCUGAAGAUGAUCCCACCUUCUGUCGUGAUAGCUUUGAGUUCCGCAGCUUCGAGGACCUCGAAGACAUCGCUUCCAGGCAUGUCUGUUUAGUUGGUUUGUCUCCCAUCCUUAGUUUUAUCAAGGCAUCCCUGUCAAUCACGCUUAGGUCUGAAUUUGCCGAAAAGCUGAACGUGGCUCACCUCAUGGAGCUGGAUGGGGCCGCACCAGUGAUUAUUGCAUUCACCAGUCUUAGCCUUUCGAUUUGGCGUGGUAAUGUUGGAGCGUCCAAUACUACCGCAACUCGCAUUGUCAUGUCGCCCGCAGUCCCACAGUGUGCGGCCCUCACGGUCCAUUUUGGCGAUGUUGUUCCCGCUAUUGGAAUCUUGCCAGCUGAAUGCGACACCCCUGAAAAGGUGGUGACCGUAUACCGCGAGUCAUUUAGGAUGAUAACCGAGCUUCAGGCUGUUCGUUCCACUGCUACACUGGUUUGUUUUUCCUACGCAGAUCGCCUUGGGAUGCUCAUCAUGAGUUAUCACUCGCAGAUGUCGUUGGUCGUUUGUUGA